AUGGCUUCCAAAAAUUAUGCCAAUGAUUUCCGGUCUGUAGUGGAUAGGAAUUACAAACGUUAUAUUUUGAGAAGUGGCUCGAAUUGUUUGUGCUAUUUGCGACAUCCAAGUGGAGUAUUAGUGGUGACGUUGUGUAAAAAUCAUGAAUUGGUGCAGAAGCAGAUAAGAAAAAUUGAUUGGCACAUGAAAAGAAAUAAGGGAAUUGAUCGAAGUAAGCAGAAAGUUAGCGGAAAAGCAAAAAAGGGUGGACUAAUGCUAUUGCCAGAUACAAAACUCUGUAUUGUGCAUUGUGAAGAUGGUACCGAAUAUAUACUACGUGCUGGUAUUAAAUCUCUUUUGAUUGAAAUCAAUGAACGACUUCUAGAAAAUCCUAAUUUGAUGCGUUCUGCUCCUGAAAAUCAAGGUUAUAUUGCGAUAAUCAUACCAUACUCUAAUGAACGAAGGCAGCCUCCGCAAGCUUUUAUUGAAGAAGAUGAUGACUGUAAUUAA